AUGCAACUAGGAGGAGGGGAAGAAGGCUGCAAGGAUCCGGGCAACCCGCCGGCGACCGGCCACCAAGUCCGCGGCAGGGCCGCUCCAUCUCCAUCCCAUUCGUCGCCGCCGUUCCCCUCCACCGAGCCAUCGUCGUCCGAGGAACAUGAGGACGAGCAGCAGCAGCAGGCCGCGGCGAGCCUGCCGGAGGACGCCCUGGUCGAGAUCCUGUCCCGGGUGCCCUACAGGUCGCUCCGCCGCUUCAGUUGCGUGUCCAAGCCGUGGCUUGCCCUCUGCUCCGAUCCCAAGAUCCGCAGGAGGUGCCCGCAGACCCUCUCCGGCUUCUUCUACUCCGGCCUCCGUGACAUCAAGUUCCACAAUUUGCUCGCGGGAGGUGCUCCCCCUAUGCUCGAUCCCUCCAUGCCUUUCCUGCGCGAGAGCUACAUGCUCGUCAUACUCGUACAAUGCUGCAACAGCCUUCUCCUCUGCCAGUGCAUGAAAUGGACUUCAGGGGGAGGAUGCACCAUUGAUUACGUCGUCUGCAACCCCGCCACAGAGAAGUGGGAUGUAAUACCUCCUAUAGCAUUGCCGGGCCGAGAGGAACGCCCACUUGGUUAUGUGGCGAUGACCACUGUCUAUUUAGGUUUUGACGCGGCCAUUCCGUCCCGCUUUGUGCUGUUUGUGCCCCAGAGCAGCCAUUGCGACGAAACUACAGAGGUUGCCAUCUUCUCAUCGCAAACUGGAAGAUGGACUUCCGUGCAGAAUGAGUGGGGCGACCAAAUUAUUCUGCAUCCAAGUCGGGAAUGCGUCUUCGUGAAUGGGACUAUGCAUAUCACUACCCUUUAUUCCUCAGUAGCCACAGUCAACGCCGAGGGGAAAGUUUGGAGGAAUAUUAAGCUGCCAUAUGUAAAAAGCAUUCAUCCUUUAGCUGCUCCCGAUUCCACUGGUCACUCUCAGGGACGCUUCUAUGCGUGGCAGAUAGAUAAUGAUGGUGACUGUCAACUCUAUGUUUGGGUUCUUGAGGAUUACGACAGGGGGAAGUGGACCUUGAAGCACACCGUGGACGUUUUGGAACUGUUUGGAAGGCAUCACCGCGAAGAUGCCGAGUCCUAUAACAUGUUUGCAAUUCACCCGGAACGUAAUUUGAUUUUCCUUGCUGAUGGGAAAGAGAUGGCGGUGUCAUAUGAUAUGGAUGACCGCAAAGUGAAUGUUAUCUGCACUUCUGGAGAAUUCGCGCAAUUUGGUGGUCUACCUUAUACUCCUUGUUUUGCGGAAUGACCAUCAGAUGCUCACUAAGAGUCUGCAGCUUCACAAUC